AUGACUGCGGACGCUUUGGUGGCACGUUCUUUGUUAGCCGCGAAACCAAGUCCGUUGGCUUUACCGCGCGCCCGCGGCGUCGACAGUGAACUCGACUGGGACGAGGAGUUGCCAGACACGCACUGGCCCGUUGACGACGAAACACUUUUCUACGCCAAGCACGUUGCCACCACGCGGACUAAUUCCACUUCCGGUGGCCACCGAAAGUUCUUCGACCUCAAUAUUUCGCUCCCGGUGGUGCUUCCUGGCUCCGAAAUCCGAGUGCUCAACGCCGAGGGAGAGAAUUACUACCACAAACCCGGAGACGCCGCGGCCAACGUUCUCUUCUGCUGUCACGAGUCCACCCAGCAAGAGGACGAAAUAUCCUUCGACCCUGACACUGUCGAAACUUUCACCGUGGUCGAGCCAUUAACGGCCCAGAUCGCACACGAUACCGCCUACAAAACAACGGCCGACACUACUGACCCGGUAGCCUCGAUCUCAGCCUCGAUCUCAACCUCGGCGCCUAGAGUUUGCGAUGUGUGGUCGUCGUUCUUGAGGAUCCACGUUGGCACGGUACACAACUGCCAUGCGGAUCUGAUUCAGGAAAUCACGGAGUUCUUUUUGCAGACGUUGAAAUCUGUCGAAUUUCUGCGACCGAUCGAGAUCCAGUGUGCUGGAGUAUUUCAGGUUAAAAACCGGUAUGAGACUCGAGCGAAAUUUGUAGCGACAGAAGACCUAGCACAGUUCCGUGUGAUCCGUCGUGCGUUGAAGAAGUUCGUGCUCACGUUGCGUGAGCGUUUUUCUGUUCAUCAUCAGGGACCAGUGUUCGAUGCUACGAUUUCACCUGUGUGUAAGACCGGGGCGUCUUUGCCAAUUGAGAUCCGACGCUACUCAAUUCUCGCACCGGAUGUGGCUGCACAGGUCAAGGGUAAACAGACACUCGCUAUCGCCGACGAAGAAAUACCACUCACCGCCAACUGUUACAUCAACGAAGUACGUCUGGAAAUGACACACGCGCGCGCUGUAGACCCCAGGUGGACAGACGCUUGGGUCCUAUGCAGACGCAUGCCCAUGGGACCCGGACUCACCCCAGGACGCCAUGUGUUCGCGCCCGGUCACACACCACCUCGAGUGCUCUACCAGUUUAAACAUCCCAAGGCCAAGCUCCUCAAGUCACGCUUCGGACCUCUCUACAUGCUCACAGAGUCCGCUUUGAACUUGACCAAAAAACAGCAAGUCGAACCCACUCGCACCGACCGGUACGAAGCCGACCGCCACGAUGCCAACGGCCAAGACGUCGCCCCGGGCGCCAACUCGGCGGCCGCAGCCCCUGGCGCCAACUUGGCGGGAGCACCCCUUGGCGCCAACUUGGCAAAAGCAGCCCUUGGCGCCAACUUGGCGGGAGCAGCCCCUGACGCCAACCUGGCGGCCGCAGCCCCUGGCGCCAUCUUAGCGGCCACUACUAUAAAGCAUGAAGAUUUCAGCCCGGUCAAAACAGAUUUUGGGGGCAUGAUGGGCACGGAGUCGGCCACACUGGAACAAGAGAACAACUCCAACCUGCGAGCUGAAGCAGUUCCGUUCUUCCCCAUUACGGCGCUGAACCAAGUCUUACAAUCAUUCCAAGCAGAGACCUCGUCCAACACCACUUGGGACAGGCUCGUGGAGUCUGCGCUCAACCAUGAGAACUCGCAGCAACAAACUAAGGGGCUUGAACUGCUGCGCGCACUAAAGAACGGCUCGUUCAAAAACCAAUCGGGGACCUACAGACGACCUUUUUAG